AUUUCUUCAUUUUCUCGACACUGGAAAACCUUAGCUUGCAGUUGCACACGAAAUUCUCUGCUAUCGCCAAUGGCGUCUUCCACCUCUACGGAGCCCUCUCCGCCGGAAGAACUGAGGAACUGGCUGGAAUUGCCGCGCGAUGUGACGGCGUCGAUUCUCUCUCGUCUGGGUUCGAUUAAAAUCAUGACGACUGCUCAGAUGGUUUGCAAGUCGUGGCUUUAUAUCUGCAAGGAUCCUUAUAUGUGGCGAACCAUUGACAUUCACAGCCACGAAAUUGAUUCCGAAUGGGACUCGGAAAAGAUGUGCCGCGACAUUGUCGACCGAAGUUGUGGCCAACUCGUUGAUUUCAACAUCGAGAAGUUUGGAAACGACGAACUUCUUCGGUAUAUCACUGCUAGUUCAAGUCAGAUCAAACGCCUUCGAUUUGCUUCUUGCUCUGAUCUUUCAGAUGAGGGAUUGAUUGAAGCUAUCGGAAAGCUUCCACUGUUGGAAGAGCUUGAUUUGACACACUGCGAAAUCUCAGAAACUGUUAUCGAAGCAUUGGGGCGCUGUUGCCCUCAUCUCAAAACAUUGAAAUUGUACACAGAAGCUUAUGCACGCUCUAACUACUUCUUUCUUGAUCAAGAGAUUGAUUUUAACAAUGUUGUGAUUGCCAUUAGCAAAAACUUGCCAGAACUACGCCAUUUGCAGCUUAUUGGAAGUUGGAUGAAUAACCUGGGCUUGCAAGCAAUUCUUGAUGGUUGUUGUAAGCUCGAAUCACUUGACCUGCGCCGAUGUCUCAAUAUUAAUUUGAAGGGAGAUUUGGGGAGAAGGUGUGCUGAGCAGAUCAAACUUGUGAAGUUACCUUCUGAUUCACUUGAGGGUUGUGUUCGUAUUUCUGAUCCUGGUGAGAUGUUUUCAGGGGAAGACGAUGAUUUUCCCUUUGCCGAUCAGGACCCCUUUCUGAGUAAUCUUCUUGAAUUUGAAGAUGAGUUUGAUGAUGACUUUGAUAUUGGAUACUCAGAUGGGGAUGGUUUUUUCGACUACGAUGAUUUUACAGCCAUUAACUAUGAUGAGGAGGACUUCUAUUAACACUUCAUAAGAUCUUAUGGCAGGAUGGCAUGGCAAGGAUUAUUGUGUAUAGUGGAAGAAUCCAUGUUUUGUGGUACAUACCUUAGGAAGAACAGAGUUUAGUUAGUCUGGUUUUUGUUUUUGUUUGAUUAACUACUAAAUUAAGAUAGAAGUUUGGUUCUUUUUUCGUUUAUGUAUUACAAUUUACAAGUGAGAUCUUAUUUUCUAAUUCGACUUUAUGCUUAGAACUAAUGAAGGUUGGAGCAAGUUUUGACU